UGUUGGCUCAUGAACGACCAGUGAUAUUUAUGUAUGUUUCUAGGUCUUUAAUCAAGGACGACAGAGAAGAAAUGGAACCACGGUCCAAACGCAGGAAGGAGUCAAACUACGACCCUGACUCCUGGGUUGCUUAUCCUGUUCUGUCUGAUGAGCAGUCCCAAGACACAGAACUGAUCAAGGCAUUUGCUGUGCCCAUAGUGAACAAGAAAGAGACUUCUCGUCUGGUCAAAGAGCUGAAUUCAUUGUACCCCUUACCUAGGCUUCAGCACAUCAAGAGAGUCCGAGCAUGCAAAGAAAAAGACAGCUCACACCCUCUGGAGGUGCUUGUGUGUCUUGUCAGUGAUGCACCAGGUAUUGACUUUGAGAAGUCCAUCACUAUAGACUCCCUGUUGCCCUCAGACAGAGUAAGGCACAAUGGAUUAGGGGACCCUUUUUUGGUUAAUAUCCCCGCAUGUCCACCUUUGACCAGACCUCAGUUUGAGCUUGCUAGCAAAUAUUGGCCCACCUCCUUUCAUGAGGAUAAACAGGUGACUGUGGCUCUGAGAGGAGAGCUCUUCAGCUCAUCUCAGAAAUUGAGGAUGCAAGGGUACAUGAUGUCUGCUUUGGCUGCUGCCCAAGCAGGGAAGGAUAGAGGGAUGGAGGCUGUGGGGGCUGUAGUGGUCAACCCAAAGACGGAAGGUGUCGUUGCAGUGGGCCAUGACUGCCGAAGUGACCAUCCACUCCUUCACGCAGUCAUGGUCUGCAUUGACCUUGUGGCUCGAGGGCAGGGUGGUGGAGCCUUCUCUCCUACCCUAGAUAAAUACCCCGCUUGUCAGUCUUUGUUUCAUAGCUCCUCUCCUAAACCAGACUUGGAGGAACUGCAAAAUAUACCAAUUUCAGAGGACGGAGGCAAACCUUACAUAUGCAACGGAUACGACCUUUACAUUACCAGAGAACCAUGUGUGAUGUGUGCCAUGGCAUUGGUCCACUCCAGGAUUGGUCGUGUCUUCUAUGGAACAGCCUCUGCUGAUGGGGCCUUUGGAACCAAAUAUAAAAUUCACACACAGAAAGAUCUGAACCACCGCUUUGAGGUUUUUAAAGGUGUCCUGAGACAGCAGUGUAUAGACCUAAAUGAAGGACCUAACAUAAAUAAUUGAACUUUAAAAGGUAAUUCAGAAUGAGCAGCUAGUGCUUAUAUCGGUCUUAUAUGACCGAGAAUUUUAAUGUUUAGGUUAUUGAAAGAUUCACUGCGGGAAUACACAAUAGUCAACAUUUAUGUAA